GAUUGCUUUGUUACUUUGGACGUUUCGAGCGUCGGAGGAAAGAGGCGUCUGAAGUAACAGCCGAGUGCUUAAAAUCCGAAUCUGUACAUUGGAUAUUUUUUGCAUCGGCGAUUAAAAGAUGAAGAAGAUAGAUACGUGAACGAUUGUUUUUGUAAUGCAUUCAAUGAUUGAAAACUAAUAGCGUGCAUCCAUUUACUUGAUUUGUUUACAUUUGUUACAUAUGACCUUUUCAAAAGUUACGCGAGAAAAUUUGUUCUUUGAACAUAGUAGAGAAGUUCCUUCCAAAACAACAACAUGGCAUCGGCGAGGUCAUCGAUUUACCAGGAUUUGUCUGAGGUAUAUGAUAACGUUAUAAAUAAGGAACAUCCCAGGAAGCUUAUACCGGAGCUUUGUAAACAAUUCUACAACCUUGGAUGGGUAACUGGAACUGGUGGAGGAAUCAGUAUAAAGCUUGAUGACGAAAUUUAUAUCGCUCCAUCCGGGGUUCAGAAGGAGAGAAUUCAGCCAGAUGAUUUAUUCAUUCAGAACAUCGAUGGCGAUGACAUACAAGAGCCUCCAGAGUAUAAAAAGUUGACAAAAAGCCAGUGCACGCCGUUAUUCAUGUUAGCUUAUCGUGACAGAAACGCUGGAGCUGUUAUACACACUCAUAGCCCGGCUGCAGUUGUUGCAACGCUUCUAUGGCCUGGAAGAGAGUUUAGAUGUACUCAUUUGGAGAUGAUAAAGGGUAUCUAUGAUUACGAGCUAGAACGAAAUUUGCAAUUCGACGAGGAGCUUGUGGUUCCAAUAAUUGAAAAUACACCGUUCGAGAAAGAUUUGGAAGAUCGCAUGGCGAAUGCUAUGAAGGAGUACCCAGGAACAUCAGCCAUUCUAGUCAGACGACAUGGAGUUUAUGUAUGGGGUCAAAACUGGCAGAAAGCUAAGACAAUGACCGAAUGUUAUGACUAUUUGUUCUCACUGGCGGUGGAAAUGAAAAAAAUUGGGCUCGAACCGAACGAGGUGCCGAAAUACUACAGAAAAAAUAGAUUGAGCGAUAACUAAGCGGUACUGAGCAACGAUGAAACAUGGACCAAAUUCCAUCAGGUUUAGAUUUGUGUACUAGUGUGACCUACCUCUUCACCAAGCACUCCUGUUACCGUUACCGUUAGCAUUGUUGAAAUAUAAAUUUAAUAUAAAAAGCUUGCACAAAUGUGGACAUCGAACAAUUA